AACAUUUCCUGCGUCACCUUAACUUUUAUCCCCAUAAACAUAAACAGCGCUUGCGACGCAAUUAAUCAAAGGAUUUUAAAGGCUUUAGAGCCCUAUUUUAGGUUUUUAAUAACCCUCGAGUAAUCUAGGAUGUUCUCCAGAAAGAAGCCAGAGCCAGCCAAGCGAAGGCAGCACGAUUUAUCGCAGUUUGGGCUUACGGAAAUCCCAGAUGACUUUGAUCCCAGCGCUGGAUACGGCGACGACGAUGGUGGCGACAGCGACCUGGAGGCGGAGCUGGCUGCCAUAGCCGGCGGAGGUGGAGCCAGACCGAAAGCCAAGCCCAAGGCGAAGUUGCUCCCCGCCAGUGACUUGGACAAAAUGAUUGCCGACAGCUUGCGUGAUGUCAGCGACGAUGAUGAUGAUGAUAAUCUAGAAAACGACUCAGAUUUGCUGGGCGAGCUCAGCGGAAUUGGUGGCGUAGAGGAGGCAGACGAAGAAGAGCCUGUAGCCCAACCACCAGCUACCAGUGAGGAACCCGUCCAAACCUUCCUGCCCACUACCACUGUGGACACGUUGGGCAUCAUCAAGCAGCGCCUAGAAAUAUAUAAGCAGGCCGAGGCAAAUGCCAAGGCUGCAGGAGAUGCGGGCAAAGCCAGGCGUUUUGGAAGAGGUCUUAAGACCCUGCAGGACCUGCAUAAGCAGGCAGCGGCCGGCAAGUCUAUUAACGUGGAUGAUAUACCCCCGGAAGUCAGUGUAAAGCCAGCUGGCGGACAGGCUACUCCAGUGGCUGCAGAGGAAUCACCAGCUCCUUCGACUCCUGUUUCCCCUCCUCCUGUACCGAGUCGUGCAGCUCCAGCUCCGCCGACUCCCACCUCGCCAGUGGCACCCACCACAUCUGUUGCUCCAACCACGCCUCCAAAUCCCCUCGUGGCACAAAUGCGCAACCGUCAGAACGAGUACAAGGCUGCUGCACUACAAUCUAAGCGCAGCGGUGACACAGCUACUGCCCUUCAGUUCCUUAAGGUGGUGAAACAGUUCGAUGUCGUGGUGAAGAUGUGUGAGGACGGCCAAGAAGUUGACCUCAGCGAUAUGCCGCCACCGCCAGCUGAGUUCCUAGAAUUCCUCAAAAAAAUGCAAGAGGGAGCUGCUCCAGAAGUUGUCGUAGAACCUACUCCUGCACCAGCUCCUGCACCUGUUGCUCCUGCUCCAGCUCCGGCUGAUGCCACAAACAUGGUGGAGGCACUGCAUCAACGUUUGGAGAAAUACCAAUCCGUGGAGGCGGCAGCCAAAGCUGAAAACAAUACUGGAAAGGCCAGGCGCUUUGGAAGGAUUGUGAAGCAAUACGAAGAUGCCAUUAAGUUGUACAAGGCGGGAAAACCUGUGCCUUACGAUGAACUGCCCGUGCCACCCGGCUUCGGACCCCUGCCCACUGGGGAUACUGCUCCGGCAGCGCCAGCACCAUCACUUCCCACAUCACCUACAUCGCCCCCCGCAACGGCCAGUACUUCCGCCGGGGGAACUCCCUCUAGUUCCAGUGCGACCACGCCAACAGCUCCUCGAAAAGCGCCCUCCCCUCCACAAGCCAAGGAGCUGACCACACGCACGUCUGGCAAUCAGCAAAAGAACAAUCUCGCCGAGCAGCAAAUGAAGCUACUCCUCGAGCGUCAAAAGGAGUUUAAGCUUGCUGCCAUAGAGGCCAAAAAAGCCGGAGAGAUCGACCAGGCGAAGGAGUACCUCAAGAUAUACAAGGGAUUUGAUUCGCUUCUUAAUGCAGCCAGCAGUGGGUUGCCAGUGGAUCUCAGUACACUUCCGGUACCACCCUCCCAAAGGGACAAUCUGGAAGCAUCAUUCGCCAUUGUGUCCGCCGAAGAAUGCGAUCCGAACGAUGACAUCUGCGAGAUUGGUGUUCGCAUGGAGGAACAGCUCGCAAAGCAGCUGAUGAUGUGCAAAAAUACCCGAGAUCAUCACAAGGCUAUGGGGGAUGUAGCAGGCAUGAAUCGUUUCGAAAAUUUGGCUCUUACCGUUCAGAAAGAUUUGGAUUUGGUGCGAUAUUCCAAGCGAAAGAACGAGCCACUGCCAAAGUUUCACUAUGAGAAGCGAAGCUUCAAUAUUGUACAUUGCAAUACAGACCUUACGGACUGUGAGCUGGAAAUUGUUGUGGUCCGAGGAAUCAACUAUAAUGUGUCCAAUCCCAAGGAUGUAGACACCUAUGUUCGCGUAGAGUUUCCCCUGUUGAAUGAUGAAUCUUUUAAGACUAAAACCAAUGUUAUUAGAGACACCAGCAGUCCAGACUACGACGAACGCUUUAAGGUUGAAAUUCAGCGAACCAAUCGUCAGUUCCAGAGAAUCUUUAAGCGCCAUGGCGUCAAGUUUGAAAUAUAUUCCCGGGGCUGCAGUAUAGAUUGUUGUGGACUAAGUCGUAAACUGCCCCUGUGUUGUUUCAGAGGGUUCCUGCGAUCGGACACGUUGAUUGGAACCGUAAAUGUCAAGCUGCAGCCGCUGGAGACCAAGUGUGACAUUCACGAUACCUACGAUCUUAUGGAUGGCCGCAAGCAAGUGGGAGGCAAACUGGAGGUCAAAGUACGCGUUCGCAACCCCAUUCUUACCAAGCAAAUGGAGCACAUCAACGAAAAGUGGCUGGUCCUGGACGCCUAGAGCUGAACACUUUUUAGUACAUUAGUUAUUUGCUAAAAGCAAACAAAAUAAUCAUUUGUUUUAUUAUAACACGUCUCUCGGCGGUUGUUCCCGAUUAAGAUACUAAGUUAUUCCUUUGUAAAUAUCCCUUAAUGGGAAUUAAAAUAUCUAUAUACGCUUUAGCCGAUUCCGUCGCAGGAUAAAGGCAUUUAUAUAUUACGAACACAA